CGUUAGUCAAGGUCAAUUUGAUUUGAAAACAAAAAGUAUGAUUAAAAGAAUGACAACAUUGCAUAGCAUUCAUAAAGAUAUAAUAAUUGUUGUUCUUGGAAGUACAGCAACUGGAAAAUCCAAAUUGGGUAUUGAACUAGCAAAAGUAUUUAAUGGAGAAAUUAUCAGUGCUGAUUCUAUGCAGGUUUACAAAGGUCUUGAUGUUGUUACCAAUAAAGUAACAGCAAAUGAAAUGGAAGAAAUUCCACAUCACAUGAUAGAUAUUAUUUCACCUCCGUUAGAGUUUAGUGUUGUCCAGUUUCGAAAUAAAGCGUUGAGUAUCAUUGAUAAUAUUGUUAAGCAGAAAAAGGUUCCUAUCAUAGUUGGCGGCACAAACUAUUAUGUGGAGUCAUUAUUAUGGAAUUUUUCUUUGGAACAAACAUGUGACCAAGAAGGAAACAACGAGGAACAGUUAAAUGAAGCAGAUUUGAAGUUUCAAGAAAAAUAUAAUGAAUACACAGAUGAAGCUUUGUUUAACACCCUGAAAAUUGUUGAUCCAGAAAGGGCAGAACAGUUACAUCCAAACAACAAACGCAAGGUUUUGCGUAGUUUAGAAGUUUUUGAGAAAUCUGGUAAAAAACAUUCAGAGCUUUUAAAGUUGCAAAAAACAGAAGAUGGAUCCAGCCAGUGGAGUGGUCCCAUGCGUUUUCCUAAUAGUAUUGUGUUUUGGUUGACUUGCGAACAAAAGAUUUUGGAAAGACGUAUAUCUGAGCGUGUUGACAAGAUGGUGGAUAAAGGAUUGGUUAAUGAAAUACGUUUAUUCUAUGAGGCCUAUAAGUCAGCUUUUGAUCAGUUAGACUUGCAUCAUAAACCACUCUAUGAAGAAAGUAUAUUUCAAGCCAUUGGAUUUAAGGAAUUUCAAAACUUAUUGAAAUAUGAAGGGAAUGAUUCAGAUAUAAAGUUUCAAUUGCUUUCCAGCAGUCUUGAUGCAUUAAAGCGUGUGACAAUAAGGUACUCAAAAAAACAGAAAACGUGGAUUAAAAACAGAUUUCUAACCAGACCUAAUAGUAGCUCACCAAACAUUUUUGAACUAGAUGCAACCGAUUUGAAUAGAUGGAAUGAUAAUGUUCUUGCAAAAGCUUUGAGCAUAUGUGCGUCCAUUUUUAAAAAUGAAGAAAUUUUAUUUAAACCUCUUGAAAAAAUUCUUCCUCAAAAAAAUGUUUUAGCAAAACAUAUAUGUAAUAUUUGUGAUAAUCGUGUUAUUAUUGGCGAUGAGGUUUGGCAAAAGCACUUACAUUCACGUAAACAUAAAAAAAAAGUUAAGAGUUAUAAUAAAUUAACAUAGCUAGA